AUCAAGAUCAAUGUUCAAUUUUUGGGGGCUCUGUUUGGCAAUAAAUAAAAACGUUGCAUUUAAUUACUUCGGACCGUGCAUUGCACCACAGAUUCCUCCGACCACUGUUUCGUAUCUUCGUUCUCUCCCUCCAGGACAUCACCCCGUGUUCUUGGCGCCAGAUAAGCAGACAGCUCCCCAAUCCUCCAGUUUCUUUUUUUCUUGAACCGGCCCAUCCCAUCCCAUCUCUCUUCAGCACAAAGCCUCCCGGCCAUCGCGCGACGACAAAACCGACUGUUCCGUCCCCCGGGGCGUGCCUGAUCUUCAGAGACCGAGCACACGCAGCUCUCCCGCUCGACGCAUUGGCGCGGCUUCCGGUUGUCAGCCUGGCGCUGAACCACGCCGCAUCCGCAUCUGCAUCAUGGCCGACGCGAAUGGCACCACUGCUACCCUGAAGGGCAAGGCAUCGCGGCCGGAAAAUGGCAUCAAUGGCGCGGUAAAAUCUCCGGCCAACGGCCACGCGAUGAGCCCCAAGUCGAAGGAGGCGCGCCGUCGACCUAGCAUGCUCGCCAGAACGUUUAGCAUUGCUGCACGGCUGCUGACCUGGUAUUCUAUCUUGUCGAUCCUUUUCCGGUGCCCGGCCACCCUCGAAGCCUGCGACGACACCUCUCCGCGCAUCUGCAAGCCCUACUUCCAGGUCAAACACGCCGUCGUGCCCCGCGUCGAACCCUACUAUGACAUCUACGCAGCUCCGUACGUCGAGCUGGUGCGGCCAUACUACAACACGGUCGACCAAACCGUCAUCACACCCACCUGGAGCUAUGCUAAGCAGUAUGGUGCCCCACACUUGCAGCAAAUACAGGCACUGGGCACCGCUCAGUGGGAGAAGAGCGUCCAGCCGCAGGUCGAAAAAUACCAGGCUCUCGCCAGGGCGCAGUACGACGAGAAGCUGGCACCGCACAUCGACCGCGUCUCGGCCGCCUUUGGGCCGUACUACGACAUUGCGCGGACCAACACGCUGCAGACUUACCACGAGCUGCUGGUGCCGACGUACCUGUACCUGCAGCCGCAUCUGCACGAGGGCUACCGCGCGACUUCGGCUUUUACGAGCGGCACUGUGGUGCCGGCAUUUGUCUGGACCUGGAACAAGACCUAUGUCUUUUUAGACGGCACCGUUGGGCCGCAGAUCAGAGCUGUCUACGUGGAAAACGUCGAGCCCCAGCUUGUUAAGAUCGGCAAGCGGCUGGGCCGCUACAGCAGCACCGGCAAGAAGUCCAUCCCGAAGCCACCGGCCGACUCCUCGACGAGCGCCUCGACCGAGACCACCUCCUCGUUCACCAAGCCUGCCGUCUCGGUAACUACGGCCCCCACCUCUGCGCCGUCCGUCAGUGCCGCCGAGACUGAAAAGGAGCGUGCCUCUUCCGACCCCGCCCGCUCCAGGUCAACGAUGGAGCCGAUUCCCCCGCCGGAAGUCGACGAGAAUCUCGAAAAGGAGGACCCCACGCGCCGCGAGACUCGGGAGAUCGUGGCGGCCGAUCUCAAGGACUGGCAAGAGCGGUACGCCAAGGCUGCCGACGAGGCCGCCGCCGAGAUUGACGACCGCGUGCAAGAAAUUGCCAAGACGAUGAUCCAGCGGGAUGCCAGAACCACGGGCAAGUCGCGCCUGGACCAACUGCGAACCACGGCCGUCUCGGAGCUUGUCAAUCUCCGCCGCGCGAUCCAGCAGGUCGUCGCGACCGUGAACAAGGGCGGCGCCACUGCCGAAGAGGGCCAGGAGCAGAUCGUCAAGGCCGUCCGACGGGCCGGCAUGGCGGUCAAGGAGAAGGGCCAGGCCGUGCGUACGUGGCGCGAGAGGUACGAGAUCGAGAUGCAGAGGUCCGUCACGCAAGCCGCCGAGACCCACUUCGUCAUCCUCGAGAACAUCCGGGACCUGGCCCUCCAGAAGAUCGGCAUGAAGUGGGCGUGGACCGACGGAAUCACGUACAAGGACUGGGCCAAGUACCACCUCCUCAAGAGCCGCUUUGACGAAUGGAAGGGUGAUCUCCAAAACCACGUCACUAGCCACCCGAGUCUCGAGGCCGCCCAGAUCGAGGCCGCCAACAUUGAAGACGACGCGAUGGGCGUUGCUUCCGCGACCGCCAAGGAGCUCGCCCGCCUGAAGCAGGUCGCCAACUGGAAGCUGACGGCCGGCGACGACACGACAGAGUUUGAUAGCACCCUGAUGGAACAGGCCGCCGAGGCCGCCGAGGCAGCGAGACUCGCCGCCGCCAGUGCUGCCGAGGCAGCCACGGAUGUUGCUGGGGACGCGGAGGGCUCGGUGGUCGACGGCGCCGACGAAGGCAUCAGCCAUGCUUCUGAAGCUACCCAGGCCACUUUCGGGUCGCCGGAGGCCGAGGAACAAGAUGUCAUCUCGGAGGGCAGUUCCGCCUCUGGAACCUCGGACCCCUCAUCCGAGUCUGCCGUCGAGGCCUCGUUAGUGCUGGAAGACUCGGAGACCAACCCGACCGACCCUGCCCGUGUCGAAGAUGCCCCCGAGCCGGAAGUGGAGGAAGAAGCCGAACCUGCAGCUGAAGCCUCUGAGGAGCUCUCUACCGUCGUCGAGCCCACAUCCGAGCCGACCCCCGAUGCCGUUGAUCAACCCGACGUCGCCUCGAGCAUGAUCUUUGAGACUCCCGUGGUGGUGGGCAACUUUACCGAGCAGGCGGACGAGGAUAAGGCCGCACCUGUCGAGUUGCCCGUCGAGGAUUCUGCAGAGGAUUCCACCGAGGAUUCCACCGAGCCUGAGCGUGAGGAUAUGCAGUCCGAUGAAACCGCCCUGCCCGUCUCCGACACCGCGACCGUGAAGCCGGCGCUCUUCGGCGCCGCCGCCCAGUCUGUGCCCAACCGCAAGCCGAUCCUCGACGAGGAUGAUGAUACGCUGGACGAUAUUUCAGCGGCCAUGGAGUCGAUGCGCGAGGAUCUCAAGUCGGCAUACACGUCGGCCAUGUCGCGUGCCAGCGACCAAUACUCGCAAGCGCUCUCGAUCGUGUCUGUUCAGAUUCGCGGCACCCCGAUGCCAGCCCACGAGCAACUACUAUCAUCCGUCACGGCCGCAUACAGCAACGCCAUGGCUUCGGCGAGUGCCCAGCUCGACAACGCCAUCAAGGCCGCGUCUGGCCAGGUGUACGGCACAGAAACGACCAAGACCGGCAUCCUCCCCACAAGCAUCCCGGUUCCCGAGGUCCCUGGCUUUGACUGGGCCCAGAUCGAGGCGAUCGCCUCGGAGCGACUGCAGCAAGGCCGCGCGUGGGCCGAAAAGGAGUACGAGAGCGCCAAGACCGCCAUUGGCCUGGCCACCCCGACUCCGUCCGCACCCGAGCAAGUUAGCAGGCUGCUCGACAACGCGCGCCUCAACUACUACGCCGGGAUCGGCCUGGCGCAUGACCGGUACUCCGAGUUCCUCGCCGCCGCCAGCUCCGCCCUGAGCUCCGCGACCGCCGCUCCCACGCCCACGGACCUAGCCGGUUCCGCCUCUUCCGCGGCUUCUGUGGCCGGCGAGUCGGCAGCUUCCGCGGCCUCGGCAGCAAGCGAGGGUGCUUCCUCUGCCCUGUCUGCUGCCGCCGCGGCCGGUCACGACACGGCUGCCGCUGCGGGGGACAAGGUCGCCGAGAGCUGGGACGUCGUCGUCUCCAAGAUCAGCGUGCAGGUCUACGGCGCCCCGGCACCCACCGGCUGGUACCCGAGCGUGCUGAGCGCUGCCGGCGAGGGCGGGGCGGCCGUCACCAGCGCCGUCGACGCCUACGCCUCGGCCGGGUCCGAGGAGGUCGCCAAGCAGUACUCGGCCGCCAGCAGCAUCAUCUCCGAAGUGCUCGUCGGCAAGGACCCGUCCUUCUCCGAGAGCGUCAUCUCGCGCCUGGGCGCCGCCUACGCCACGGCGUCGAGUGUGGCGGACGCCGCCCAAGCGACUGCUGCUUCGGCCGCGGGCCAGGCCGGCGAGGCCGCCCGGAGCGUCGGCGACAGGGUGGCCAGCGCCGCGAGCGACGCCACCGAUGCCGUCAAAGACACGGCGGCCAGGGUCAAGGACGAGCUAUGAGAGGAAGUGGAAGAAGGCGGAUGAUACGAGACAUGACCAUGAUUCCGAGCGUUACUUGCUUCAUUGGGAGACGCCGGCGGGGGGCGUGUGUGUGAGACGGAGCCAGGGGGGUUAAUAAAAGUCAGGGGGGGCCGGGGGUGGCAAUCAAAUUGUAUUUUGACUCUCCUUUGUUGUAUCAUCACUAUCAUAUAUACCCUCUCUUAUUCGGUCUUGUUUCCUUGCCGGUUAUGAUGUUGUCGAGUCAUGCAGGUAGCAUCUAUUCCCAGAGUCACAAUCAAGAGUCAGAACGGUGAUAGGCAGCUGAAGCAACUCAUGUACAUGAU